AGAUCACUGGCCAUCUACAACUCAAUCAUCAUAGCGCUUGCCAUCAGUGGACUUCCUGUAGAUCCAACAACAAUUUUAUUGAUAUCAAUAGUAGAUUCAAAUUCAAACGAUGUAACAACUACAAAAGAUAUAGCACCACGACAAAUCAAUUUAGCACUCACAUACAAUGCAAAUGAUAUGCUUGUCAAUUGGAUUACAAAAGAUGAGAUAACUCAACCUGUAGUCUAUUAUUAUAUUGGUGAUUGUAUGUGGGAUACUGAUAGUGAUGAUGAAGAUGAUAGUAAAUCAUCAUCCUCAUCAUCCUCUUCCCCAUCAUCAUCAUCAGCAAGUCAUAGUAAGAGUAAUAGCAAGAGUAACAGUAAAGCAGAGAAAAAGAAAAGAAAUACAGAUAUAAAAAUGACAAUGGGCACAACCAAGACCUAUUAUCCAUACAAAGGUUAUUUGCAUUCCGUUAAACUGCAGCAUCUUAGCAGUGGAGUAGGCUACUGCUACCGUGUCGGAGGUAACUUUGUUCCGACUGCAGACGCCACCAGUUGGAGUAAAUGGCGAUCGUUUAGAACUGCACCGAAUCGCGAGCAACCCGUUGUGUUUGCCGCUUUCGCAGACUCUGGAACCACCGGUAACAUCGUGCCAAACAUUCGUGCACUUGCCGCCGAAGACGAUGUCAAUCUCGUGCUGCAUGCCGGUGAUCUCUCCUAUGGACUGGAGGAAACGAAAUGGGAUGUUUUCGGUGAUCUUGUCGAGCCUGUCACCAGUUCAAAGCCAUUCAUGGUGGUUCCAGGCAAUUGGGAUGUCAAGCCUGGCGGUAUCAACGCUUUUGUCAAUCGUUAUCCAAUGCCGCUUGUCUACCCAACCCCGAUAACAUCGCUUACGAAAAACGUUACCUCUGGCGAGUAUCUAGUUAGCACUCAGCGCAACUUGUUCUACAGUUUCGAGUAUACUCAUGCCUAUGUCAUCAUGUUGUCGUCGUACGACCCCUAUGAAGCGGGAAGUCUGCAGUACGAAUGGUUCAAAAAGCAGUUGGAUCGCGCCAACACAAUGAGACACCAAUAUCCUUGGUUGAUCGUUGUAUUCCACUCGCCAAUGUACAGUUCAUCGAAAGGUCACGAUGGAAGUGACUUGAAGUUCCGUGCGGCAAUGGAGCAGCUGCUCCACGAAGCGCAGGUCGAUCUCGCCAUCUCUGGACACGACCACUGUUACGAACGUUCGUUUGCUGUCUACGAUGGUGAUAUUAUCGAUAGUAAUCCAUCGCUUUACACCUCUGGAAAGGGUACUAUUCAUGUGUUGGCAGGAACAGCAGGUGCAGACCAAGAUCCAUGGCUCGAUCGUCCGGAAUGGACUGCUCACCGUGAGAAUUCCGCUGGUUACUCGCUCAUACGACUGACACCCAACCUGUUGGAAUUCGAAUACACUCGUAUGAAUGGUACUAUUGGAGAUUCAUUCAAGAUUGCCAAAGACCGAAGCGGUCAAGUUGGUUCUACACACUUUGGAUUGAUUGCACUCGUCAUCUUUUUGUUGAUUUUAAUAUUCCCAAUCUGCGCAUACACUGGACUACCAUCGAAGAUAUUCAAUCUAAUCAUGUUGGACCCUUAUAACUCUAGAUCUCUUACCAGAAGACAAAUAGUUUAG